AUGUCGGAACAGAGGCCACGCAGACAGGAGGAGUCCAACUCGGGCUUCAAGGGGGCCCUUCAGGGUCUUGGAAUCUUCUUGUUGGCCCAAUUUGCCAUCAACCAGUACAUGGGAUAUAAAGACAAGACAGACACUCCGAGCGUGAAUUCUGGUGGCAUCCCCGCUUUUGCCGAUCGUCCCGAUCCCAGCGAAAUUGCAGAACGCAGUGCUCUCCCCGAGGUCAUCGCUCCGAUCUGGCCUUCCGACAGCGCAGUAGAUCUCCGCGUUUAUGUAACCCCGUCUAUCAUUGUGCCGAAAUUCAAGUCAUCAGACAGUAUUCUUGUGCUGGACGAGAAGAACUUCACACUUGGAAACUACAGUGACACUCGCGAAAUCGACACCACCAUCAAGGUCCCAAAGCAGGUCCAACAGAAUGGAACUCUCUGGGCUCACUUCUUUUUGGCUCGCACCGGAUACCCGUUAGACCCCGCCGCUAAGGAUUACAACACGGCCGAUGCACUCCACUUCCCCCGACCUCUGAACCAGUACCUUCCCAAGAAGAAGGUCAAGAAGCUGAAGAAUCUUCUGUCGGGCCCCGAGGAUGAACAGGACCAGGAGGAAGAUAACACCCCGGAUGUCUCAACUAUGUCAUACUACCACCCCAAUUUUACCUUGUCUAUGAUCCCAGAUUCCGGAAUCCAGAAUUUUGUGCAGAUGAACCCCGCGGUUCGCCAGUAUGUGCAGCUGGAGCGGACUGGUGCCCGCGAUGCCACUGGAAAGAAUGGGUGGUACUACCCGAUCGCUUUCGUUAACACUUUUUGGCAACUGAAGACCCACAUGACCGAGUUGAAUUCUACCGUCGAGACCGUGCCAUUGCAUAUUACCCUCAACAACAUGGCGAACUGGAAGUUCAACAUCCUCAGUAGUGUUGAUGAAGGCUCGAAGCAAAGUUCUCGCCAGGCUGCCUAUGGUAAGCCUCCUCCCGGUGGUGGAGAUGGAAAUGAGUGGGAGAUGGUGAAAGAGAUUCUUUUGGAUACGAACAUUUGGCUCCUCUGCACCACGGGUGUGGUCACUGUCUUCCACAUGUUGUUUGAGACUUUGGCCUUCAAGAAUGAUAUUGCCCACUGGCGUAAGAAGAAGGAUGUUGUUGGUACCUCAGUUCGGACAAUCCUGGCCAAUGUCUUCAUGCAGGCUGUCAUUUUCCUCUACCUCAUGGACAACAGCGAGAAUACCUCUUGGAUGAUCCUGGGUAGCCAAGGAUUUGGUAUUCUUCUAGAAUUCUGGAAGAUCACCAAGACUGUCGACGUUCGCUUGCGCCCGCCGCCAGCCACCUCUCGGCUGUCGUUCUUGCCCUAUGUGAUUGUCUUCGAGGACAAGCACAAGCUUAGCGAGACUGAGGAAAAGACCAAGGAGUAUGAUGAAAUUGCCUUCCGCUACUUGUACAUUUUGGCUGUUCCCCUUCUACUCGCGUACGCCGCGUACAGCCUGGUAUACAACACUCACAAGUCAUGGUACUCCUACGUUAUCCAGACCCUAGUGGGCAGUGUCUACGCCUACGGAUUCCUCAUGAUGGUCCCCAGUCUCUACAUCAACUAUCGGUUGAAGUCUGUUGCCCACAUGCCUGGAAAGGCGUUGACCUACAAGUUCCUGAACACCUUCAUCGACGAUCUCUUCGCUUUUACCGUCAAGAUGCCUUGGCUCCACCGCCUGGCUACUCUUCGUGACGAUGUCAUCUUCUUCGUAUGGCUCUACCAGGGCUGGAAGUAUAAGGUGGACUACAAGCGCGUGAACGAGUUCGGCCAGGGAGGUGAUAGUGACGACGAAGAGGAGCCUACUUCUGCUAUUGAGGGCGACAAGGAGGAUGUGGCUACUCAAUCCUCUUCCAAAGCUACUUCCAAGUCGCCCGCUCGUAGCAACCAACCAAGCGGCCUGCUUGAUGCGAUCGAGCACUUGGAAGCUGUUGCAUUUGUCCCGCCCAAGCAGAGAUACACAGAUGCCAGCUUACUAGCCAAAACAAUAGCUUCAAACGCGUACGAGAGCGGCAUCCCGCAACCCGUGCUGUCCCGUCUCUUGAAGAUUCUGACCACGAAAAAUAACUUGGAUCAGGGUACAGUUACCACGCUGAUCAAAAACCUAUACCCUCAGGAAAGAAUCGUGUCUAAGAAUGUCACUCAAGUGGUGUGCUGUCUUGGGCCCAGCAAGAACAAACCGAGCCCUGCUACACAGGCUCUGCUAUUGCGCUGGUUGAUUCUUACGUAUGAUCUAUUCGAAGAUAGGACGCAUCUUGCCAAACUCUAUGCUGUUCUUUUCAACUAUUUGGAUAUGAUUAGUUUGCGCAAACCGCUUUGUCACCUUCUCUCGCUUCUCACAAGACGAAAGCACGUCAAGCCAUUCCGGAUUCAAGCCUUGAUGGGAUUGAUCCAGACUGCAGGUGGUGAAGACAAAGAGCUUAUCAGCCUUCUGAGGAUUUUCAAGAAUUUUUACCCCGAGAUUAUUCUCGGGGAGUUUGGAGGAUCGAGAAGGAAUUCCCUCUUCUUCAAACACCCAGACCCCGAGUGGUCAAGCCAUGUAAAGGAGCUUCAAGAUCAGAAUAUGGAAAGAGUACAGGCUGGCCAGGAGUCGAGUUUUCAAGUUGUUCAUCGGGGAACUGUGAAAAGAAGUAGGAUUGAAGUGGUGAUUCCGACUCUACAGACUUCACGAGUCUCUCACAAGCACACAUCUUUGGAGGAGCUUCGUGACGUUGGCCAUUUUGUCGACACCCUUGACAAGAUCGAGUUACCAAAUCAGAUUAUCUCAACUUUGGGCGACGCAAUGGCUCAGAAGUAUCUUCAUCUGGUCCAGUCCGAACUUGCACAUCACCGUCUAAAUGCAUGGUUGAGAAAUUUUCUUGAGGAUAGGUUGGAGAUGCUUCGUGGUGAUGAAAAUGAUGAGCCCGAAACAUUAUCCUACGUGUUGGAUUUUGUUGUGGAAUAUGUAUCCUAUACCAAGGACCUCCCAUCCUCGAUCCGUUCCUUUUUGAAGUCUUAUCUGCAAACAUGGAAUGGCAAGGAUAAUCGUGACCGCGUCUUCCGACUUCUCAAGUAUAUCUCAAUCGAACCUUUCGCGUCGCUCCGGAGUGAAUUCUUGUCACCAUUGGAAUCAGCAGUGUUAGACGAGAGUCUUCGUUCCAGAACAGCAUUGCUGGGGUUCUACUCGACGUUGAUCGGCCAAUGGGGGGUCAAACUUCGAUCACAGCCAGAUGAAAAAGAAAAAUCAAUCCACCUGAGUCAAAUUAUCGUUCACGCCGAGCUUUUAGCUUCUUCAAUUCUGGAGUUCUCAGUGGAGGACGAGGAUAAAAAGUCCAAGCCAGCUACAAUCUCCGUUCUCGGCUUCUACAGAAGCCUUUCGGAACUUUUCUCGCACGCACCUCAAGAUGCCCGAUUCCGCCUCACACUUCCGCACGCGCAAACAGUAUACACGCUCGCCUUCACACCCAGUGUCGUUGCGAUCUCAACCCUUAAUUCCAUCUUGGCCGUCUACAAGUCUGCAUUCGAGGCCUCUCUGAAUUCCCAUGUUCUCCAAGCACAAAACUCCCCGGCUUAUGGAACAGAUCUUGUUGGUCGCUUCAACGGGUAUGUCAUGGAUAUGUGCAAUGUGCUAUGGCGCAAUCGUGCACUGAAUACCGAAGACCCGAAUGCGCUAGGCUGCCUCGUCCCAACACCGACUACCACUGCUCUGACAAACUAUAUCAAGGAUUUGUCUGAGGCGGCCAAACAUUAUGACCGCGAAAGUGCAUUCCAUAUUAAUCUUGCGUCCAUAUUCUCUCUCAGUCAUCACGCUGCAUUCUGCAACCUGUCUGCAGCUUGCUUUGCGGAUCUGGAAGAGGACCAGCAUGUUGCGGACCACUGCCCGAAAUUGAGAAAGCCGGUCACCCAGAAAGUGCUACAGGCACUGGAGAAAGAUGGUGGUGCUAAGAUUACAUGGCAGGAGUACCGUGUGCAUAUGCUGGACUGGUUGGAUGCGAUUGGGUGCCGGGGUACUGGCAUUCUGAUGAGAAGCACAAUGAAGGCUUUGCGCAAAGAGUAA